AUGAUGUCAUUUCGUCGGGAAGAAGUGGCAGAGGCUCCAGUAAGGAUCCUCAGCCCAGCUUCUAAACAGUAUAUGGCAACUAAACUUGAUUCAAGAAAAAUCCUCUUGGUUAAUGAAGGCAUACACAGAGACUGGAGAGGAUUGGCAGAACAGGCUGGACUUGACGUUAAUAGUAUCUGCAGUGGCAAGAUAUCUCCAACAGAACAUUGCUUACAUCUGUGGGGCCAGAAGGGUGGACUUAUAGGACAACUUUGGACUUACUUGGAAGCAAUGGAUCGCUUUGAUGUCAUUGAUGAUACACUUCAGAUGAUAUAUGCUGAUUAUGACAAGUGUAUGACUCAGAGUGGAGGGGCCUUGAUGGCUGUUCCACCGCCAUUUGACCAGAGGGUGCCACAGGUAGCAGAACAAGAUAGCCAAAUUCUUACUGUAGAUGAUCUGAACAACCUCAGCAAAGGUCUUGGACUACAGCACUAUGAUGCACUUGUCUUAUUUGCUGAUGAAGAUAUUGACUUUGUACAAGAAAUGUUAGAAAAAUUAGAGGGAGAAUAUAAUCUUAAGCUGUGUCACAAGAACAGAGACCUUAUUGGUGGUCUGCAGUUUGAGUCUGAAAGCAUUGUUAAACUCAUCAUGGAGCGGUGCACCAGAGUCAUUGUAGUUUUGUCUCCAGAAUUCUUAGAGUCGAGUACAAACACCUUUUUCACUUUAUUUGCUCAUGCUCUCAGUGUAGAUCAGCGUCGUCGUAUAGUCAUUCCUUGCUUAUACAAGCCAUGUGUAAAACCUGCUGUGAUAAGUUUCUGCCACUCCCUCGAUUAUUAUAGGGCAAAGGGCUAUUGGAACUAUUGGGAAAAGUUACGUGAUUCUCUAAUCUGGCAACCACAAAAUACUCCAAGCACACCAAAUGUAGAAUCAAGACAAAGAAUACGAGAGGUGUCUGGAUCAUCCAUUUUUUCACAAGUGUCAGCCAGUUCUCUUACUACACCUUCACCAUCACAGUCUUCAGGAUUUUUCUCAAAAUUGUUGCGUAAAUCAGAUGGAAAGGGAAGGAACAAGGCAGGAACACAACCUGUUGAGGAUUCUGGCAAAAUAAGUGUGCAAAGUGAGGAAGUACCUCCAGCUAAAGAAGAUACAGUUACUGAAGAUAAAAAUGGUUAUCCCAGAAGUUCAGCCAUCCCAAUACAAGACUCAUCAGAUCGUCCAUUUAUUCAACUGACUCCUUCCUCAGCUUCUGGGGAAUCUAGUGAUUACACUCUCUCCUUUCAAAGUCUACCUGAUGUUCCUGAAACUCCUCCAUGUACAAGUCCCCAAGGUACCACAAGCUCAACAGCACUUCUAAUACAAGAUGAUGAUGCUACAGCGAGCCCUCGCUCACGUUCCAAAUUUCUAGAUAAAAUUUUUAAGGGAAAGCAGAAAAAAAUCAAAAUUCCUGGGUAGUUUAUUUUACAUUUGCUUUGCACAAUUUUACUAUGAUAAUGUUUUAAUUAUUUUUGACUGAUAAGGAUGACUGGAGCAUCUAUAUACUAAGGUUGUACAGAAUGAUAGAAGAGUGUUUUAACGUUUUUCAACGACAAUGAAUUGUGAUAAAUUUGC